ACGAUUCAAUGGAUGAGUCUCGUCGAGUCCUUUGCUUGGUAGCAUUUUAGGCUUUGAAACUUGUUGAAGGAGUUCCAGUUGCUGCGUCGAACACAUACAUCAUGGACGGACAUGAUUCAGAAGACCCAAAGCAAAGCACUGCUGAUAUGACAGUUUUUGUGCAAAAUCUUCUUCAGCAGAUGCAAAGUAGGUUCCAGACAAUGUCUGACUCCAUCGUUACAAGGAUUGAUGAGAUGGGAAACCGUAUAAAUGAUUUGGAGCAAAGCAUCAAUGAGCUAAGAGCAGAGGUAGGAGUGGAGGGCUCGCCAUCACCUGUGGCUCCUGCUAAGCCAACGGAGGAAGAGUCGAACAAAGAAGAGGGUUCAGCUUAAGUAAUGUUUCGUGUUCAACUACCUUUUUUUUUUUCUUGUAUCGUGAUACAUCAGGAUUUGUUACCAGUGGUUCAGAAUUCAGAUAUUUGCCAUGUACCUAUAUGACUAUGAGUGCACUUUCUCCAUAGGAGUUAAAACUGUCUUACUGUUCAAACGAAAGAAAAAAAAAACAGUACUGCUGACUAAUUGUUUGACUUUCCAAUUCGUGGUAUGCUAGC